AGUAAAGUUACUUACUUACUAGAGUAGAGAACUUCGACAGCAUUUCCUGAGUAUAAAAAUUAAAACAAAACAUGGGCAGACUGGCAAGAAAAAAGCAACACAAGGGAGAUAAACCAAUCAAAGAGAAAUAUAGAACAAAGAGAAAAACAAAAGACUUGGAUGAAAUCCAUGAAGACAUGAAACCGGGCAAAUCACAGAAACUACUAAAUCAGGAUGUGGAUUUUGACAAACCAGGGGCGGGGCAGUUUUACUGUCUACACUGUGCGAAAUAUUUCGUAAAUGAGGACUCUUUGAAGACGCAUUUUAAAAGUAAACCUCAUAAAAGGAGGUUAAAAGCCUUGUCCAUAGAACCAUACUCUAUAGAGGAAGCAGAGCGGGCAGGAGGAAUGGGAUCUUAUAAAGCUCCAAAGAAGGUUACCGUGGAAACACAGUUAACAAACAUGGAUACUGAUGACACAUAAUGGAUCUGACUCUGUAUCUGUUACAUUUUGAAAUGAAUAUAAAAGACUGAUAUUUUUGAUAUCUCUAAAAUCGUUUUAUUGGAAGGAGCUGUAAGACAGAUCCUAUUUAAAAAAAAUCCAGCAAAGCUUCAAAAAAGGAUGAUUUGGGGGGGGGGGGGGGUUAAUUUAAGAUUAGAGAUGUUUAAUUCAUGGAUUCAGAUUUUACCCAAUAAAAAAGUGUUGGAAGUAAAUACAUUCCAAAUUCUGAA